CAACGGCUUGACCAAAUAUUCGCCAGGAAAUACUGUCGCAAAUCGGUUGACUAGUCUCUUCACUCAGCCCAACACCUCCACUUUAUUUUGGAACACCAGUUCUAUAUAACAGCUACCCGCUGCGAUGGCCGCGGCCAAGGAAGCCGUCUCAUUCAAUGAGAUUAUCCAGGCUGCCCGCACGCGCCGGAGGAAACAGGCUUUGACUGAUAAAUUCUUCGAUGCGAAAAGACGUUCAAGUGCUCCGGCUCCGGCUCCGGCUUCGGGGUCUGGUGUGGGCGGCGCCGGUGCGGGCUCGUUGGCCAACAGAGUAUCUGCUGUGCCGGGUAGCCUUGCAAGCAGACUGGGUGUUGUAAAGAGAUCAACUGCAGCCGCGUCGACGAGAAAUCCUGGCGCCGCUGUGUCCACCCGUCCCGCCGGACAGAACCGCAUGUCCUCCGAUCUCAUUACACAAAACAAUGAUCGAGCACCUGUCCAGGACCAGGGCCCAGGAAUCAGCAUCAAAGGAAGCGCGUCGGGACCUUGCGUCGUACUAGGAAGUAACUUUGCGCCCGGCACCACUGCUGCAGAUAUUGAGUCGGCAUUGGAACCCGUAAGAGGUGCUAUGCUGAGUUGCAGGAUCGUGUCUACUCACCCAGAGGUGACCGCUGAGAUGAUUUUUGAGGAGAGGAGUCAUGCUGAGAGCGUAGUCGCCCGCUUUGAUAAUCAAAAGGCGGAUGGAAGGAUCCUCCAUCUUCGGAUAAAACCGGAACCACUACCUGCACAGAUACUCUCCGAAGCCAGACUCCGCCAUCGCCGGUCACAUUCCAAUUUCGACAGCCUGCGCGAACAAGCAGACCGUGAGCGUCGUGAGCUACGACACGCUGAUCCUCAUAUACAAGACGGCCGCUACGGGUUUGAUGAUCUAUAUCCGCCGCCACAACAUCAUGGAGCCCGUUCAAACAGUGAUCAUCCAAGCGGAGGUCAGCGAGGGAGUGUUAAUGGAUCGGGGAGGAACCGAAACAUGGGGAAUGACAAUUCGGGACUCUACAGUGACCAAAUGAUUAUUGAUGAACCGAGCCGCGAGUCGCGCUACCGCGGGAGACGCGGGAGGUAGAAACCUGGCUUGCUAUCGGUUGCCAGAAACGGUUUGUACCUGAUAAUAAUCUGCUGGUCUACGCUUUCGUCGUGGUAUCAGGGGACUAUUAUUUCUUUUCCAGGGCAUGAAAAUUGCGUGGGUAUAUCCUCUGGUUAUGAAGACUCAAACGGAUUAAUAAAAGGGCGGGAGGUGAUAUUUGCGAUUGAGCUUCGUUUUCUCGGUUUGGUCAUGGGUUCAUAGAUAAGGUUUCAUUCUGUUUUAUUUAUUGCAUGGAAAAGGAGAAAGGACUUUUUUAGAUACGUUUUCAAUCAACUGGGUUUUUAGAGUAUUAGCUGGGAUUUUUGGGGAUAUUUUGCUUGAAAACUCUGUUGUCCUGUCUGUUGUAAUUUUAUUUCAUUAUUUUACUUUUCCCCCUUCGCGAUAGAAUUACUGGCGUUUCGCUUGCACUGGUUUUUCGUACUGAUUGUAAAGGUAAAACAUAACUCACAAUUAAUCAAUAAAGGGGAAAUCAUAGUGCAUU